UGUGUGUGUGUGUGUGUGUGUGUGUGUGUGUGGUGCAGCUCUCUCCUUUGAAAGCUGACUCUCUAGCUCUGCCUGCCUUCAUAGGUUGUCUGUCCUUCCACUCAGCAUGUGUGUAUUUGUGCGGCUGCAUGCACAGACCUGAAACAGUCGGGGCCUCGUGCCUUGCUUGUAGGCUUGUUAGCCAGCCUGGAGAAGAACCAGUCAGCCGCGUCAGAUGCAGUUUUGGUUGAAAUUGGGUCAAUAAAAAGCCCCUCCUCUCCCUGAGCAGAUGGAGCAGGGCUAGUGUAAUCUCCUGCCUCCUGUGGGUCUGUGUGUGCAUGUGUAAUUAGAGCUUACCUUUAUGCAGUGCAGGCUGCAGAUGAAACGUUUGUCUCCUUCUGCUGAAGCAGUUCAGUCCACUCACUUUGAUGAGCGAUAACCGCACCACACAUGUUUAGUAAAGCUGAGAAAUAGAAAGUACAACUACACUUGGUUGGUUGUUGUACAAGAUUUAAUGUGUGUGUCUGUGUCUCUGUGAGUGUGUGUUAGAUGGACCAGUACCUGGACCAGUGUGUGCUGUUACAGUGGUUAAACCUGCUGAGCAGCAAUGGACAGAUUACUAAAUCUGGUUUGUGGUCAGCUGAUAAAAGCGUGAUGCUGUGGGCGGGUUCAGCAUCGGGGCACUCAGCUUCUUUUUCAUCCAGCUCUUUUUAUUGUUUUUCCAGCAGUUAAACACAUAAACAUACGCAGGUAAACGUGCAGCGUUGCUCCCACCGCUUCCCUCCCCAAACACUGAUAUAUACUCAGGGUGUGCACAGAUCACUGUCAGGCAGUGGGCUCUACACAUCAAACACAACAUAAUCAUGAAACCAUAUCACAUAUUCUCAACAUAACUGAUGAAUGGCUGCCAGGAACCUGGGAUUUUCCAGCACAGCCUCUGAUGCUGAACCUAAUCGUCUCAUCACGUCUCUAAUCCGCUUCCCAAAUGUUGGGGGUCGAGGGUCCUCCCACCUGGUCAGAAUCUGUCUUCUGGCCAGCAAAGAGGAGGACGCAGUCGUGUUCGAUUCACGCGUAUUCAGAGGUGGAUCAGAGGGAAUCGGACCAAGCAGUGAAAUCAGAGGGGUUGGUGGGUCUCAAAGAUUGAACUCCAUGUAACUUUGGACACUUUGUGGAUGGAGCUGGGGUCCACAGUUUGUCCUUAGACCAGUGGAGACGCUGUGCGAUAUUGUGCCUGAGAGACACUGAUGAGGUGGAGAUGAUCUUUAAACCCUGUAGCCAGGUUGUCUCUGGUAUUGUUUGUCCCAGUUCGCCUCCCAUCUGUGUUUAAGGCCCUCUAAGAAAGUCAACCUGGAUUCAUUAAACACGUUUCACUCAGGAUCUGUUCCAAGUCCAUUUUCUUUUCAAGUCUGAUCCUUUAAAUGAUGGACCUCAUGUCCAUUGGAGAAGGUGAAGGUUAACAUCCAGGAUUAGAUGAGACUAAACAUCUAAUCUGCAAAUAUCUUAAAAAUACCUGAAACCUUUGAGACGACUCUGCAAAGGAAGCAAAGCCGGUAUCUCCCAUUGACUCCAGCCAGCCGUCAAUGCUUUGUGUCUAACUGACGGUGUAAACAGGUGGGCUUUCCUUAUUGGAGCAGCAAGCCACAGCUCAGGAAGAUUAAAGGCUCUUUUGAAUUGAUUCCAGAUUAGAAAUGAAUGAAUAACCUGUAGAGCUGCAAGACAAGUUUGUUUAGUUGAGCCACCCAACCGCAUCUGGCUCCAUUCAUCCAGUAAAGCAAUGGCCGAAUAUUUGCUGCCCAGUAAUGGUGUAGAAAGUUUGGAAGGGACUGGCCACUGAUUGUCUGAGGUAGCUGUAGGGUUUCUUUCCUUAUCAGUGGUUGUUUUUUGCUCCAUAGACACUGAGAUAACUGACUAUCUGAGUUGAUAAAGUUUAGGGACAUUUUCAUAGAGUUAAUCGCUCCUCCUGCAGAAAGGUAGUGUUUCAUCUAUUCUGUCCUUGUUUUGUUUUAAAUAGUGCAGUCAUGCAACCUAUUUAAUAAAAGCAACCUCUUUGACCCUCAUUCUUUGGAUAAUUGUGGUCCCAUUUCUAAACAUCACUUUCUCUCCAGGGUUUUAGAAGCAAUCGUCACUGAACAGCUGAUUGCUUACUUUGACUAAAUGAGGCUUUUCAAACACUCCAAUCAGGUUUCUCAGCACAGAGGGACGAAUGAGGCUGGCUGCUGCCUCUGCUGGUAGAUCGUCUGUUGUAGUUUCAUCAUUGAACACUGGAUAACUGUAUUUUAUUGAUUUAGUCUUGUGUAUAUAAGGAGAAAUGGAGUCAUUUAAAAUGUAAGAAACACUGUAAUCAUUAAAGAGUUCAAGUAAACUCGUACAGUCACAUCUUGUUUAAAUCACCUGGCUGUGUACACAGGCAGGAAGGCCAAAAAAGCCCAUUUUCUAAAUGCUGGUUGGUCUACAUGAAUACUGUAGAUCAGUGGCACAUUUGGCAGCUGUCGUUUUGCCUAAUGUGUAUGUGAGAAAUAAAUUAUAAGCUCAAAUAUUAAGCAGCCCUGAGGGAGGGAAGGUAACAGGGUAGUUGCUGCUGUCUCCUCUGAGCACCACCAGGCACUUUCCUACACGUUAGACCUGCUACAGUGACUCGAUGCUGGGCAACAUUUUGCCAGCAUCUGGUGAAUGUAGCCGCCUGCUAAUAAUACUGUAUGGAGUUGCUAAUAAUAGCAGGAGUAAUGGCACUCGUAGUAUUGUCUCCUUCCUGCUAUGUUGUCAUUUUGUAAACACACGAUUGUCAGUAAACUUGUGUUGAACGGAGCUGAAGGGGAAGGAAGUGGAGGAGCAGAAGUGAGGCGGGUCAGUGGCGAGGGAACAAUCUGAAAGGCGAGGGGAGAAAGUGAAAGACGCUCAGUCAAAGAGCGCUGUGAGGAAAUAGGACGGUCCUGCGUCACACAGAGAGAGCGAGAGAGGAAGUGUGUGUCAGCCGGCCCUGCCUCUGUCCCUCCCUCCCUCCCUCCCUCUCAUCUCUCUCCCUCCUUGCGUCAGCAGCAGUUAAAAUGUCGGCUGUGUAGCUAGUCCUCCGCUCUGCUCUCUCCCUCUUGGCCAUCUGUCUCUUCUUACCACAGGAGGAAACCGCACUCUGUUGCUCUUCCUCGCCCGUUCUUUUUCACUUCGUCAUCCUUUUCUUUCUUCCUGUCUCUGCCCCGGUUGCUGGAUCAGAGCUAGUUUUUCUCCAAAGCCAUCGCCUCUCAGUGUUAGUUUGGACACGGAGGACAGAGACAUUUAAGCCGGUGGUGGGGGAGCGCCUGUUGUCUUCAGUGGCAGCAGUGGAAUUCCUAUUGGACCGGCAGCUGGACUUCCUGUCAGACCACUCAGCCUACCAUCCGUACCAGGAUGAGGUGGACAGUCAAAGCCCAGUGUUAAGAGACAACCCUCAGCUCCACGAAGAAGUGAAAGGCUGGCUCAAAGACCAGAAGGUGCAGGAGAUUUUUAUGCAAGGUCCCUACUCAUUAAAUGGCUACCGUGUGCGUGUGUACAGACAAGACUCGGCCACCCAGUGGUUCACUGGUAUCAUUACACAUCACGACCUCUUCAGUCGAAACAUGGUCGUUAUGAAUGACCAGGUGCUAGAGCCUCAGAACGUGGAUCCAUCCAUGGUCCAGAUGACCUUUCUGGAUGACGUUGUUCACUCUUUGCUGAAAGGGGAAAACAUCGGCAUUACCUCCAGGCGCAGGUCGCGAUCCAGUCAGAACAACAACGCUGCCCACAUGGCGGGAGGGAGACCCGGCGGGACCACUGGCAGCACUCAGAGUCAUUACACACGAGCCCAGGCUAACAGCCCUCGCCCCAUCAUGACAUCAAUAGGCCCCAACUCUAAAGCCUCACAGGGCAUGCUGGCCUCCCAACAACUGAGCCAAUCGCAGCAGAGUCAGCAACCGGCCAGCCAAUUACACCACUCGCCUGGUGGGAGCGGGCGGGAGCAGAGAGAGCAGCGCAACUCUCGUUCUUCCAGGAGGAAGGGAUCAGAUAGCAGCGUUCCAGAGGAGGAAAAGGACCGAAGAGAAGAGCCCGCAGGGCGAGAGCCCAAGUCCAAGGUGAAGCAGUCUGCGAACAAACGCAGGAAAGGUGACGAAGAUGAGAAGAAGGCGGGUCCAAAGAAGCCGAAGACCGACAUGACAUCCGAUCUGUCCGAGAGCAGCGACUCAGAAAAUCCUCACAAUAAGAGAGCCGCCCACUCCUCUUGCUCAUCUUCUUCCUCCACCUCCUCAUCUUCCUCCUCCUCCUCCUCUUCCUCCUCCUCAGAGCCCAACUCUGAGAACGAGCUAAAGACUCGCAGCGACGUGAAACCAAGUGCCAUUUCUAAAAUGGAGGAGGGCGAGAAGCCGCUUCUGCAGGGACCCAAGACCAACGAUUCCUCGUCUGUCAUUGGCCGCCUGUCUCCAUGGGCGGAGCUUCAAGCAACAGAGGAUGUCAAAAAGAGCGUAGUGAAGGAAACGAGCAAAAUGUUAUCAAAGGAAGACGAGGAACUGGUCGCCGUAACGCAGAUCACCCAGUCUCCACGGCAACAGACGCCGCUGAUGUCUGAUGUUGUCCAGGGCGGCGUUCUGGAGAACAGCAAGAACACUGUGAAAGCGUCGUCUCGAUCCCAGACGCCGUCGCUGUCCCACCUCCACAGCGCCGGUGUGAUUGACAUCACAGAUGACGCCCAGGCCACCGUGCACCGCGAGAGCUCAGAGGCUGUGUCGGCACUGCUCGCUUCCGAAAAGGCCGAGUCCACGGCCCUUUCGCCUUACCUCUCUCUCAACCCUUCACCCGUCUCCUCGCCUCCUGUAGCGCCGUCUCCCUCGCCAUCGGAGGGAGGGCGCAGGACGGAGAUGGAACCUCCCGUGCAGCAUCAAGGCAUCUUGGGAGGCGGCGUUACGGCGACUAAGAGUGUAAGCAGCAGGCUGGAGUUUGCGUCCUCUGAGGUCAUCAGGCCUGUCACAUCUAUAGCUGAAAAUGUGUUGCUGGUGGAAAAGGAGAAAAAUGUCCUUCCUCACCAUCAUCUUCAUCAGCAGCAGCACCAUACACUACAGUCGUUCCACGCUGGCAUGAAGAGUCCCUCUUUAUCUGAAGAGACAAGAAAGCACCCUCAGCAGCAACCAGCCCCCCACAAGAUGAACACGGUGCUCCCCCCUGACAUAUCUAAACCUCAGAUCAGCUCCAGCCCAAACCCCGGCUCAGCUCACCUGGAUUCCCUGAAGCAGAAAUCCCGCCCCGACAGCUCUCAGAGCCCUUCCUACCCCAACGCAAGUCAAGCUGAUCUCGUCAAAGCUAAGGCCCACGCAGGCCUGGCGGACAUCUCUAAACCUAAACCUAACACCUCCCCCGAGGUAUCUAAACAUAAAAUGUUGAGGUACUCGGAUACUUCCCCGCCUCCACCGUCUCGUUUGCCAGUUAAAAUAGAGUUGGCAGAACCUCCGCGGUCUGGCUUCAAGCCAGUGCGGCUAGAGUCGGGCGCGGUCAGUACGAGCAGCAACACAAAGAGUCCGCUGAUUAUCAAGAAGAAUGAGCCCUUCACUGUUUACAGAGACCCAGCUCUGGUUCGCUCCGACGCAGAGAACUCCGCCUCUGCAACAGUCUCAUCCAAUCACGUGGCAGCCUAUCUCCAUCCCCACCUGCACACGUUGCACUCCCCCCACUCGCCCUGCCUUACCCCUGCGUCACACCCCCACGCAGCUUCCCAUCUCCUUGCUCCUGCUCACACCUCCGCCCUGCCUCACCCACACCUUUUGCCUCCCACUGUGCUCCCAGCCAUGGCCCCUCCUGCAGCAUCUCUCCACCCUCGACUCGACUCUCCGGGAGGUCUGGGUCACCUUGCUCUGCCCCACCAGCAGCAGUACCUACAGGGCCAGGGCCACCAUUCGCCAUCUCUUCUAGCCCAAGCUCACAGCGGGGCUGCAGGACUUGGUCUGUACCCAAUCCUGUGGCAGUACCCCAACGGAACGCCAACGUCCUACCCACCAGGGCUCAACCUGGGUGGACCCACGGCUAAGUGGGUCCACCCUGAAAAUCCUGUUACUGUGAACUCUGAGGCCUCUCUCAGGAGGAAUGCUGCCAGUCCAUGGCUCCAUAAGACUGCUGCUGCUGACAGUUUGGGAAUGCUGAGCCACGUUCCUGUCCGGCCAGCCAGCGCCGAUGCCCACCGCCCCCCCGUCAAGAUCGCCCACACGAGCCCUCCGUUGUCAAAGACCAGCAUGGAUCUUCAUAAAGAAGAUGUGGAUAAGAAAGGCUACGUGGAUCCCAUGAGGACAAUGACACUGGCACAGCUGAAGCAGGAGCAGACAGACAGAAGUCGCACUCCAACAGGAAAAGACGUCCAUCUGCACCGCCUUUACCUGGAUCCCCACAGCAAGGCCCGUCUGACCAGUCCACAGGAGGCGCUCCAGGCAGCAGACCGAGCCUGCAAAUACAAAGAGGAAAAUCGUCAAAUCCUGAAGGAGAGCAUUGAGGUCGCUCCCUUCACGGCUAAAAUACAGCGCUCCGUCGACCCUGCGAUGGACAGGGACAGAGAGAGAAGCAGAGAUUCGAGCUUUUGUGUUCGGAUGCCGGGUCUUCCCUCGCCAAGCCCCAAGACUAGCCACGCCCUCACUCAUACCAUGCAGUCAGAAAAGAGCAACUAUUACACCACACUGUCUAACAGUGUGGUGAAUGAGCCUCCCAGACUCUACCCCUCCAAAGAUGUCGGUCCUUACUAUGACAAAGUGUCGAUGGGGGCCCCGGGGGUCGUGGCCGGUGUUGGGGCCGCCGUGCAGAGCCCAGGAGCUCUGUCGAUGAGCAGCUACCACACCAGCUCCAAAAACUCCCUCUCCAAGCCCCCUCCUCUCAUCAAGCACCAGCCGGAGGGAGGAGAAGGUUUAGCGGGGAAAAUCACGGAGCAGCUCAGUCAGCAGGUGACCCUCGUUCAGCCGCAGCAUCAGCUCCACGCAGGCGUAGACAGGAUAGACCGUCGCAGCCCUGCUAUUUCUCCUCCUUCCUCCACGUUGUCCUCUUCAUCUUCAGCCUCUAACCAACACCAUCACCAUCAUCACCUGCAGCAGCAGCAACAGCUCAGGGCAAUGCCAUCUCUCCACCGAGCACCUGUCUUCCAUCCACCCACACAGCACGCGCUGGAACGCAAAGAGGCUGCAGAGAGGGAAAGAGCCGCGCACGGUGGACGCCUCUCUCCACCAACCCUCACUCCCAUUCAGCCAGUAACUGGUAGCAAAACAUCAGCAGAGCAGCAGAAGCCCCCCACGUUGCUGCCAGAGCUCAGGGACAUCAAAGGUCACGGGACUGCUGCUGCCAUCACCUUUGUGGCCUCUGCCGGAGAGAUGGCGGCUCCAUCCGCAGAUGGGUGCAAAGGCAGAGACUUGAUCGGGGAACGAGGAGGGGUGUGCUCUGGAGAUAAGGGGUUCUCUAAAAAUAAGCCCCAGUCGGCAAUGGCAUCGGUCAUUGUGCGAUCGUCUAUAAAGUACGACAGUCCCGUUGGUGCUAAGAAAUCUGGUGCUCUUAUCCACAAAGAGCUCCCCCAGGGGAGGUUCUACACAUCGAAGUUUCAGGACGAAUGUCCACGAGAACCUGCAGCAGGUAGGGUCAUCCAGCCUAACUUGAACCUGGAGGGUUAUAAAAAGACUCCUGUGCCAGGUGUGUCAGGACCUGUGGGAGCCGGUGCUACAAACUCUGUGUGCAGGACUGCCAUUUUAGUCUCCUCAGCUUUUGGCUCUCAGAGUAAAACCAGGAGCACUACUCCUGAGCCAGUUUACUCGGCUCGAUGUGACUUUGCAGCGCUCAAACCUGGCACUGGGGGUCGGGUGCUCUGCCAUAUAAGACCAGAGACGGAAAAGGAGCUCCAGGAGGGCUUUGGCUCACACGCAUCUCCAGGUGUCUCUCUGAAUCCUGCGAGUGUAGCAGGAGCACCCCGCCCCAGCCCAAGCCUUACCCCAACACCUAGCUCAAUCUCUGGCUCGAGUCAGCCUUACGCCUCUUCGUUUAUCCACCUCAAGAAGCACAAAGCUGCUUUAGCUGCGGCACAGUCCAGAAGCAACCUUUCUACUCCUCCCUCGUCAGUCACAGCUGAAAAUUCUUCCUUAACUGUGGAUUCCACUGAGAAAACCCCCAUUUCCAGCUCCCCGCCUCCACCUGCUACUAGUCAGGCCUCCUCGGUCUCGUUUGACAGCAGCAGCAAUAGCUCAGCGAGCAGGAGUACCACACCAGGCAAGUCAAGUCCCCUGCUUAAUGGCCAGUCCCUGGGAUCAGCCUUGCCGAGCUCUGCGCAGCCCAACAACUACCACAAGCUGAAGAAAGCCUGGUUAACCCGGCACUCCGAGGAGGACAGGAACACCGCUACCACUACAAGCUCCAGUAUGAAAGUGGAGAAAAGUCCGAGCACCACUACCACAAGCAACACAGCAGCCAUGUCAGAAAUGAUCAAGCCCUGUACCGUCAAUCUCAGCGCCUCCACCUCCAACGAGGUCGAGAUGAGCAAAGACAUUGGAAGCAAAGGUGACAGAGACAGACAACCUGAGGACAAGUUGGCCGGAGCUCCAGGAGGCGGGGAGGAGAGAAAAGUGGGGUCAAGGAGGGUGAACAAACGCACAUACGAGUCUGGUUCGGAGAGCGGGGGAGAUGAUUCUGACACCAGCGAGAGCAAGAUGGAGGGCCGAGCCAAGCGUCAGCCUAAACCGACCUACAAGAAGAAGCAGAACGACAUGGCCAAGAAGAAAGGAGACAACGACAGAGAGGAAGACGACGUGAAGCCCAACGGCAUCUUCAGAUCAGCCCGAGAGAAGACUAAACUCAAACUGGCCAGCAGCAAUGGGAUCCCUCGCUCUGUGCUCAAGGACUGGAGGAAAGUGAAGAAGCUGAAGCAGACGGGAGAGUCCUUCCUGCAGGAUGAUUCAUGUUCAGAAAUUGGCCCCAACCUGCAGAAGUGUAGGGAGUGCAGGGUGGUCCGCAGCAAGAAAGGGGAGGAGCCCGCUCACUCCCCCGUCUUCUGUCGUUUCUACUAUUUCAGACGGCUUUCCUACAGCAAGAAUGGCGUCAUCCGGAUGGAUGGCUUCUCCACUCCAGACCAGUUUGACGAUGAGGCCCUCAGCCUGUGGGUCCCGGGGCCGAUGGAGCAGAGCCACCUGGACCAAAGCACAGCCAAGUACAUCCUGAGCUUCAUAGGAGACAAGUUCUGUCAGAUGGUUGCAACAGAGAACACUGCAUCCAGCUGGAUUAAGAAGGAUGCCAAGCUGGCGUGGAAGCGAGCAGUGAGAGGGGUGAGGGAGAUGUGUGACGCAUGUGAAGCCACACUUUUCAACAUCCACUGGGUCUGUCAGAAAUGUGGCUUUGUCGUCUGCCUAGACUGCUACAAGGCCAAGGAGAGAAAGAGCUCCAAAGAUAAAGAGCUGUAUGGAUGGCUAAAGUGUGUUAAAGGCCAACCCCACGACCACAAACACCUCAUGCCCACCCAGAUCAUCCCUGGCUCAGUGCUGACAGACUUGGUGACGUCCAUGCACGCCCUGAGAGAAAAACACAACAUAAGCUCUCACUGUCCCUGUGCCAGCAAACAGAACCUUCUCACCAAACUGCCUGCCACCAACGGAGUCUCACAGGUUCUGCAGAAUGUUCUGAAUCACAGCAACAAGCUGUCCCUGGUGAAAGCUGAGCCAGGCUCUCUGCAGACUUCUGACCUAGGAGGAGUUAAGUCAGAAACUAACGGAGGAGGUGGUGGAGGAACCAGUCCAGGUAACGACAGUGCAAAUGCUCCCAUCACCCCGCCAGAGUCCCAGUCGCCUCUGCACUUCCUGGCAGACUUGGCAGAGCGGAAAUCCAGGGAGGAAAAGAAAGAAAACAAAGAGUCGGUGGUGCUGGGUAAAUCUGUGAAGGAGGACAAAGAAGGGGACAGCCUGGAAGUCCUGCAGCAGUGCAAAACCCCCUCACUGGGUAACAGUACAGAGCAGGGCUCCACACUCAGAGAUCUCCUCACCAGCACAGCAGGGAAGCUGAAGCUGGGCUCCACUGACGCAGGAAUAGCCUUUGCACCGGUCUACUCCACUGCUUCACAGACUGGGAAGGGUGGGCGGAGCAUGCCCAAUAUCCUCGAUGACAUCAUUGCUUCGGUUGUAGAGAAUAAAAUCCCCGCCAGCCGCCAGAACAUCACCACUAAGUUGUCAGCGAAGCAAGAGCCCAUCACCCUAAGUAUCAACAAUAACGCCCCAGCUGAGGAAGCCAAAGCAGAGAAGAAGAAGUCAGCACCUGUUACUGCAGCAGAAGCGGAGGACUCGAGCAGUCAGCAUCCAGACAUCCCUCACUGCUGGCUGAACAACAGACGGCUACUGUGGCUCAGAGAUCACCGCAACCAGAACAACUGGAAGCUCUUCAGAGAGUGUUGGAAGCUCGGACAGCCGGUGCUGGUGUCUGGGAUCCAUAAGCGACUGAAUGCCAGUCUGUGGAAGGCCGACUCCUUCAACCAGGAGUUUGCAGACCAUCAGGGAGACCUCCUGAACUGCAAAGACCAGGUGCUGUCCAACUCUGGGAUCAAGGAGUUCUGGGAUGGAUUUGAAGACAUCACCAAGCGACCAAAGUCCAAAGAUGGCGAGCCCAUGGUUUACCGACUGAUGGACUGGCCAUCUGGAGAAGAGUUUAUGGCCCUCAUGCCUUCAAGAUAUGAUGACUUGAUGAAGAACCUGCCUCUGCCAGAGUACUCUGAUCCAGAAGGGAACCUCAACCUGGCUUCUCACCUGCCUACAUUCUUUGUCAGGCCAGAUCUGGGGCCAAGACUCUGUUGUGCCUAUGGUGUAGCUGCAUCUCAGGACCAGGACUUUGGGACUGCAAAACUCCACGUGGAAGUGUCCGAUGUGGUCUCUGUUCUGGUCUAUGUUGGAAUAGCCAAAGGCAAUGGAGUCCUGUCCAAAACUGGAGUGUUGAAGCGUCUGGAAGAGGAGGAUCUAGAUGAGGGGGUUCGAAAGAGAUUAAAAGACUCGAGUGAAACACCAGGGGCGCUGUGGCACAUCUACCUCAACAGAGACAUGGACAAAGUCCGAGACUUCCUGCACAAGCUCUCUAAGGAGCAGGGUUUGGACGUGUCGCUGGACCAGGACUCCAUCAGAAAGCACGCAUGGUACCUGAGCAGGAAGCAGCGUCAGCGGCUGCUGGAUGAGCAUGGCGUCCAGGGCUGGACAGUCGUUCAAUUCCUGGGAGACUCUGUCCUUAUACCUGCAGGGGCCAUGCAUCAGGUCCAAAACCUCCACAGCUGUGUUCAAGUCAUCAAUGACUUUGUGUCUCCUGAGCACGUGGCUAACUCCUUCCACCUGACCCAGGAGCUACGACCCAACAACGAGGAGGUCAACUAUGAAGACAAACUACAGGUGAAGAACAUCCUGUAUCAUUGUGUGAAGGAGGCAGCGAGUUCCCUUAGAAAGAGCGGCUCUGAGAAAGAUGACGAGGAACACAACUCAUGAUGCCCUCUCAGCCUCGUUCAUGCCUUCCACAGAUGGCUGCGACUCCCAUCAGCACCUCGCCCUUUCCACGCCCUCCUCCUUCUGCCAUGGAGGGCUGUGUCACGUGACCACAAUAAAUGGCUGGCUCAAAGCUGGUCAUGUGAUCCAGAGGACCUCACAGUGUGACCCACAUUCAUGUCACACAUCGAGUGGCCAGUGAGAGGCACUGCCGCCCUUGUCAUCACCCCAAACCUUUAGUGCCAAGAGGAGACAAAUUGAAGAGCAGCUGGGCUGAGAGGGCUGAAAGCCCCACAGGCUCCAAACACAAAGCGAAUGCUGGCUGGGAGCCUCACUAGAGCCAGUGUGAUGGAGUGAAUCAGCACUACAAACCUCCAAACGCGUCUGCAUCCAGCUGAAAUGCAGUUUCCACAGAGGCUCAGACUGUCGUAGCAGCACUGGUGGAGCCGCGCUCACUGCUUUGGAUGAUAAAGGCCAGGAACUCUAACCUAUGGCAGCAGCUAACACAGCUGAUGGCGUCAGCAUCACCAGCAGCAUUAGGAUCAAAACUGGCAUCUCUGAUGUUUCGAAAGGCAAAAAGACACACGAGGGCGGAAAAUGCAAACCAGAAAUCUCAGCUGUUUUAGUCAGUAGCCUCUGCUGCUCCCUCGUUUCUCGUUCCUUCGUGUCGUUCUUGUCCUUUUUUCUAGUUUUGUUGUGCUUUUUUUUCAGGAUUUCUUUCAUCUAACCUUGUUUUAUCUCCUCUGUGAAGAUGUAUUUAUUUCAUAGCUCUAUUAAAUGCAGUGUUAUUGAAACAAAAUGCAUUAUGUAAAUGUGAGUUGUACAGUUUGUUUUCUUUUGCUGUUUUUCAGUUGUAAUACGGCUCUACUGUGAUGGAGGACACACACACACACACACACACCAGCUAAUGCCUGUACUUUGGGAAAUGUUGACGCUCUACAGUCCUCAUGCCAUAAAUACAUUUUCUGAAAAUGACCUGCCAAACUAUUGUAGACUGUGUAAAGUUGUAUUAUGUAAAGGAAAAAACAAACGAAAUGGCUUAUACACGUCAGCAUUUUAUGAAAAAAAUAAGUAUUUGCUGUAAAAAUGAGACAUUUACAGAAAAGAUGUAAUUUAUUUAAGAAAAGAAUUGAUUGUCUUGUUUUUGUUAAGAUUUACUAUGGUGACAUUUUGAAGUUAAAACAUAAAAUAAAGAAAAAAUGAACUAUAAUAUGUACAUAUAUACAUCCACUGAGGUAUUUUUUUAAAACAUGGCUUGCUUCAAUUUCAAAUUUUAACUUGCAAGUGUUACAUGCUUUGUACAUUGAAGUUCAAAAGGGUUUUACAUUUUCCAUUAAAAUGGAUUUAUCUAA